GCAAAGUGCUGCCGGUCUGGCUGUCAGCUCGAUGAUCGCGCUGUGGAGGUUUGGCUGAGGAGCUGUGCGCAGCAUGGGCACCGGGGAUUACAUCUGCGUAACUCUGCGUGGUGGUGCACCCUGGGGAUUCACCCUGCGACAAGGAGAGGGGGAAUCCUACAGACCUUUCCUAGUUUCCCAGGUAGAAGAAGGUGGCCGUGCCUUCCUGGCUGGAGUGCGGGAAGGUGAUGAGGUGGUGUCACUCAAUGGAGAGCCAUGCGCUGAUCUCACCCUCUUACGAGCCUUUGCCCUCAUCGACACAUCGAUAGACUGCCUGCAGCUGCUUCUCAAAAGAUACUGCUCCAUUCAGUCUGAGGACUAUGAAUCAGAAGAGACAUACUGUGGUGAGAGGGAGUCUUCUGGUGAUGCUUUAAAGAGCACCACCCUUCACAUCUUCUCCCCAAAGCACAGAUCCCAAAGCCCAAGGGAACUCUACAUAUCUGAAUCCCAGGAUGAGGCCUACUAUGGAGAGGUGGACAGCGACACAGAGUUUCCCAAGCGACCCCAGCUGCUUUGCACCCAGCUACAUGUUCCCUCAUCUAAUGAUCAGAGAAGCCAGGAGCUUGCUUAUAAGGAAAAAGAAGUACAGCGGUGCUUCUCCCCUGGCGACAUGGUUGAGCUCCAGGUGUCCCUCUCUGAGCAAACGUUGGAUGACAUGGCCUGCACCUCUCUUGGGAGCGCUCGUGGGAUUGAGGGGGAACUCUCAAACAGAGAGGCUGUCGAGACUGUCCAUACAACCACCGUGUCACAGUGCACGCCAUGUGCCGUUAGAGAACCGCUCAGCCAGCAUGGGGUGGUGCUCAGCUCCCCUUCAAUGCUGGGGCAGGUGGAGGUCAUUUUGCAGCAGCCAUCAGCAUCAGGAGCUGGGAGGGGCAUCCUGACUGUGGGUGGCCCCAGAGUCAGUGGAAGUGCUGGAUCCCAAAGUGAAGUAGAGGAAGGAGGAGGGCACUCCGAGGGAGUUCCUGGGUCCUAUACUGUCUCAUUUGGAAUUCCCUCAGAUGAGGCGACACCAGCAGAAGAGCAGGACUCUGAUUCUGAGGGGGAUCAAGACAAACCUAACAAGCAUCGGGCAAGACAUGCCAGGCUCAGGCGCAGCGAGAGUCUGUCUGAGAAGCAGGUGAAGGAGGCCAAGUCCAAAUGUAAGCGUAUUGCUCUCCUCCUCACGGCUGCCCCGCCCAACCCCAACAACAAGGGGGUGUUGAUGUUCAAGAAACAUCGGCAGAGGGCCAAGAAAUACACACUUGUGAGCUACGGCACAGGAGAAGACGAACAAGAGUACAGUGACGAGGAGGACGAGGAAAACGAAGACGACAAACAAGAAACCCACACUGUUGAGUUUACCCUUGUGGCUCCUGACGAUUCUGAAAUAAAUAAGCAUUUCCUCACUAAUGCCCAUAGUAGCAAAGGUGUGCUAACUAUCAACUGGGAUAAGGGUCUCCUUGAGAUUGAGAGGAACCUGAAUAACCAAGCAGAGAUGGAAUGUUUACCUGAAACCAAGGGCAAGGGUGCCCUAAUGUUUGCCCAACGGCGUCAGAGGAUGGAUGAGAUUUCCGCUGAGCAUGAGGAGCUUAGGCGCCAGGGGAUUCCCGUGGAAGGAGUGCAGGAGACUGAAAAGAAGACAGUGGAGCACUCCUACAUGCAGUCCACAACAGAGGGCCAUGCUUACAUGGAUGUAAACAUACACCAACAAAAUCAACACCAACAACAGUACCAGCAAUACCAAGAACAACAGUACUAUGAGCAACAACAGAACUACCAGCAGCAACAAGAGAGCUACCAACAGCAACAACAGAAUUACCAAGAGCAGCAACAGAGCUACCAACAGCAGCAACAGAACUACCAACAACAGCAACAGAACUACCAACAGCAGCAACAAUACCAACAACAGUAUCAGCAACAGCAGUAUGAACAGCAACAUUAUCAACAACAGCAAAUGUAUCAGCAGCAGCAAGAACAUCAUCAUGAGCAACAGCAAAUGCAACAAUAUGCUACAAACAUCAAUGGCACAGUCCAACAUCAAACCUGUGAAAUGCAGAGUUCUUUCAGCAAUCGCACUGCAAAACCUUUCUCAGUAGAAAACAUGGCAACUACCCCUUAUUCUCCCGCAAUGAGUGGGACCAAUCAAGAUUCUGUGGGCCAAGGAGAGCAGAUAGCUUCCCGCGAUGAGCGCAUUUCUACCCCUGCAAUUAAGACUGGCCUUUUGUUGGAUGCAAAGAGGAGAAAUGCUGCCAAGCCUAUGUUCACAUUUAAGGAAGCACCAAAAGUAUCACCUAACCCAGCAUUACUUAACCUUCUCAACAGAAGUGAUAAGAAGUUGGGUUUUGAGUCAGGACCUGAGGAAGACUACCUUAGCCUUGGGGCUGAGGCUUGUAAUUUCCUCCAGUCCUCACGAGUUAAACAUAAGACUCCUCCACCAGUGGCUCCAAAGCCUGUGAUCAACCCCAACUCUCCUCCUUGGUCAUCACAGAUAGAAUUGACCAACCAGGCCAUGGCUCAGUGUGCUGAAAAUAGUGUAUCCACACCUGCUGUAGCCCCCACCGCAGACACUACCCCUGCUCCAGAACUAGAGCCAACCCCUGCACCUGCUCCUGAGCCCUCUCCCCCUCCUGCCCCCCAGGAAGUUCCUGCCAGCACUACCACAGAGGAGCAGCACACAUGGACUCUCCCAGAGCCCAAAUCUCAACAACAGCCUCUGCAAGUGACAGCCCAGGAGGAAAAUGGUCAUAUCAAUUCUACACUACAGCCUGAGGCUGCUCCUGUGACUACCUGGGCUGCAGGACAAUCACAACUACCACAGCCAUCUACUAAUUCCUGGCAUCCAGCUCAAGUGGAACCCCAGGGACUACCUCCAAGUCAGCCCCCAUCACAGCCACCUUGGAUGACCCGUCAGGCUACUCAGACCCAGGCACAGCCUCAACCCCCCACAAAUACUUGGAGCCCUCAAAUUCAGCCAUCCUGGAGUCAGCCUCAAGAGCAAGCACAACCCCAGACACAUCCUCAGCCAUCCUGGGCCCACUCUCAAGAGCAGCCACAGCCUCAGCCACAGGUUCAGCCACCCUGGACGCACUCUCAUGAGCAGCCACAUCUGCAGCAAAUGCAACCAACUUGGGGUCAACCUCAAGAACCAAUGCAGCAGCAAGCCCAGGCCCCAUGGGCACAGCCAUCACAGACAGACACUCAGCAGCAACCACCAUGGAUGCAACAACCCCAGCAAAAAUCCCAAGCACAACCUCCCUGGGUUCGACAGGUUCCACCAGAAUCCCAGCUACCCCAGCCACAGCCACCAUGGGUUCAGCAACCACAGCAUCAGGCUCCACAACAAGCAUGGCCACAAGCCCAGGCUUCAGGUCAACCUCAACCACCUUGGGUCUCAGCUCAGCCUCAACAGCAACAGCAGCCUUCAGUUGAUGCAUGGCCUUCAUCACAAGCUCAAGCCCAAGCUCAGCCACCUUGGAUGCAAGCAGCCCAAGCACAACCUCAAGCACAGUCUCAAGCCAAUUUGAAUCCAUGGGCACCAGUACCUGCCCAGGCUCAGUCCCAACCACCAUGGGCCCAGCCUCCACCAGAACAUGGUCAGCAUGCCAUGAAUUCUUGGGCUCAAGAGCAAAAUCCAGCCCAACAUCAGCCACCUUGGGCUCAAACGGUUCCACCCCAAUCCACGCCACAGCCAAACUGGCAACCAUCCACUUCAAAGACUCCACCACAGCCACCAAUGAAUACAGCCUGGACUCCUGCUCAGAUACAGCCCCAGACACCUGUCAAUGCCUGGGCCCCAGAGUCACAGCAAACACCCAUUUCCACAUCACUGGUUAACACUCGUCCAUCUCCAAAACCUUGGCAUCCACCACAAAAUGCCCCACAAAACCGCACCCCACCACCUCCACCACAGCGAAUGCACUCUUUUACCAUUAGUCAAAGAGAUUCGUCGCCCAUCAACCCAAUGGCCACCGUCUUAAACCCAUCAUCACAGGGUUCAGCUUUUGAGAUGCCAGCCGUCAGAGGGAAAGGAGCUGAUAUGUUUGCGAAGAGGCAGUCUCGUAUGGAGAAGUUUGUUGUGGACUCUGAGACUGUUCAAGCAAACAAGGCAAGCCGGUCAACUUCGCCAGCUGCUUCCUUACCAAAUGAGUGGAAAUAUACUCCCAAUGUACGUGCUCCACCUCCACGGGCGUAUAAUCCUAUUCAGUCCCCUUCUUAUCCCCCAGCAGCAACAAAGCAGCCCCCUUCAAAUAGUCCCUCAUCCAAAGCCAAGAAAAAAGGCAAAGAGAAACAAACACCUGCCCCUAAACCCCUCAAUGUUAUAGAUGUGAUGAAGCAUCAACCCUAUCAACUCAGUUCCUCUCUCUUUACCUUUGGCCCAGCAGUAGAGGCUCCCAAGCCCCCUGCCCCAAAGCCCGACCGUUCACCUCCCAACCCACCUGUUGAAAACCAGCCAAUUAGAUAUGAGCAAAUGGCUUCCAUGCAGCCAGCUGCACCAUUUAAUGCUCCAUACCCCCAGCAGGCCUAUGGGAUGCCAAUGCAACCAAUGAUGCAUGAUGGCCACUACCAGCAAACCCCAGCUAAUGUUUAUGCUCCUCCCAAUACUUAUCAGCAACCUCCUGUUGGGCCAUACCAGCAAGCAUAUAACCAACAGUAUCAACAACCCACCCCACCUGCUUAUCAUCCCCAAGCUCCUCAGUCUCCAAACCCUCCCUAUCAACAGGCACCGCAGGUUCCUUACCAACCAGCAGGCAGCCCUCCCUACCUGGCAACUCCCUCAGUACCUUACCAGCCGCAGCCUCCCAGUAGCUAUGUUGUUCCUAGUUUCCCUGUGGCUGCAAGGCCUGAAUCUGCAUCAGGUGGCAACAUUGUAGCUGCUCCUAAGCCUAAAUUUACAGCUAAAAAGAGCUCAGCUCAGGUGUGGAAGCCUACAGCAGUUGAUAAAGAGUGAUUCUGGUGGAAUCAUGACAUACUUGGUGUUGGCUUAAAUCACAGGGUUGAUGCUCUUGCAGUCUACUCCCAAGUGAAAUAUUUUGAGCUUAUACAAUAGCUUUUGUAAUGACUACUACUCCACACCUCCAUCUGCUCAUGUUAUUGUCAUAGGACAGAGUUGGAUGGUUUUUUUUAAGUUCUGAUAGCUAAUGUGUAUGACAUCCCAAACAAAUUAAGAACAUAGGAAUAAAAAAAGGUAUGUAAGUAUAUCUUAUCAGACACCAGGUGCCAAAAUGAACUUUUAGCAUCUAUGAAUGCUAAAAAUGAUGCAUAUGGAUAUUUCACUAUAAAUGGAUAUAUACAGUAUAAAUUCUCUAUGGAAAAUCAUAUAAAUUAAUGUAAUUUUAUUGAAAGAAUUUAAAAUGGUGGCAAUAUAUGAAUGUAGGGGAGCAUGAUUCUCAGUGUGAACUGAAAGAUAAAAGAAAAGGAAAAAAGAAAUCAGAAGGGAAUGGUACUAGACAGUAAGCAUAGGAAGUUGAUUUUUGAAAUGAAGAAAAUGCUAAAUGUGUCUAAUGUUGUUUGAUAAACAAAUGAAAAAGAUACAACCAAAAUCCAAUAAAUAAAUAACUUAAGUGCAAAUGAAAUAAAGUAGUGAGGAAGAAGGGUGGGAGCUGUCGGGUGUAAUGAUACCAAGCAGAAAGCUAAAUUUGCAAUGUCAGUGAUGUCAGUACAGGGAUUAUGUAACAACUCUGUGGAGUUUCAAGUAAAGGCUGGAGAAUACAGCAGUACUUCUUACAAAAAGUGACAACUAACACUGGCUUGGUUAAACUUCAAAUGCUUUAUUAGUAAACAUUUUUCCUCAGUGCUUUUCCCUAGUGUCUUUUCCAUGGCACCCACCUAAGUGGGUUAGUUUUAUUUUAAGCUUUUUACCAGCUGUUGCAUCAUGUUAGGUACUAUAUUUAAACUCAUGAGAGGGAGUGCUGAGGUCCAGAGAUAGUAGGCUUAAAUUUCAACUUAAGCCUUGAGUGAAAGCUACUAUCUCUCAUGCCUCUAUAGUAUAUUUUUUUCCUAAUAACAGAAAACUGUGGUGUAAUGUAGUAUUGCACACUCUCCUAUCCUCACUCUUCCAUGCAUCUUCUCCUGCUUUUGUUUUAUAUAAAGAGAUGAUAAAUAAUAUACAAAAGAAGAAUUGUUGAAAGGAUGACCAGCCCAAUAAUGUUCACAAAUAUAUUUUUGGUACAGGGCUGCUUUUGUUCUUUGUGUUCUUUUCUUUUUCCUUUUCCUUUGUGUGUUUCUCCUCAUCGUGCACUUUCUGUACGAUUCACUGCAGUGCCAUUAAAAUGUCUUUUAUCCUUG